GACGACACUAACUAACUGACUGACUGCCCACACCUCGCUGCCGACUAAAGAGCAAUCAAUACAUAAACCAAACCAAUUCGUCUCCCCCUGGCCGCCAGCCCUUCUCUCUUGCUCGUCCAUCCCAAUUGAUCAUCCCCCGGUCCUGUCUGGUGUUAAUUCCUCGAUAUAAUGACAUCGGGCCCUCCGAGCUUCCAGACGUCGUAUACCCUAUCCAGUAUCCCGCUUUCCCAGCGGAGUUCUCUCUCUUGUUCUCAGUAUGGCGGCAGCGGCAGAUCUACCGGCGCACCCCGGCGACAAGGGCGGCGCCACCGGUGAGAAGAGCUCUGAGCGAAGCGAGUCCAUCGGUGAAAUCACCCAUGGCCAGGACCAGUUGCAGCGCCAUCUUGGCAAUCGCCAAAUCCAGCUGAUCGCCAUCGGCGGUACCAUCGGCACCGGUCUCUUCGUCAGUAUCGGCAGCGGGUUGGCCACCGGCGGCCCCGCCAACCUGCUCCUCGCCUACUCCCUCCACGCCCUCAUGGUCUGCCUCAUCAACAACUCCCUGGCUGAGAUGACUUGUUACAUGCCUGUCAGCGGCUCCUUCAUUCGAAUGGCUGGUAAAUGGGUCGACGAAGCCCUUGGAUUUCUUGCCGGCUGGAACUUCUUCCUCUACGAGGCCAUUCUGAUUCCCUUCGAGAUCACCGCCCUCAACUUGGUGUUAACGUAUUGGACCGACAAGAUCCCCGUCGCCGCCAUCUGUAUUGCUGUCAUUAUUCUCUAUGCCAUUAUCAAUAUCCUUGCGGUGCAAUAUUACGGUGAGGCAGAAUUUUGGCUUUCGCUCGGCAAGCUGAUUCUCCUUCUCAUCGUAUUCUUUUUCACCUUCAUUACGGCUGUUGGUGGCAACCCUCAGCAUGACGCCUAUGGAUUCCGUUACUGGUACAGCCCGGGCGCUUUUGCCGAGACCAUAUCCACAGGUGCCCUCGGCAGAUUCCAAGGUUUUCUCGGAUCGCUAUUCUCGGCCUCCUUCACCGUUGUCGGACCCGAAUAUAUCGCUAUGGUUGCGGGAGAAGCCGAACGCCCACGAGUAUACAUCAAGAACGGUUUCAAGACAGUGUACUGGCGAUUCUUCGUGUUUUUCGUCCUGGGCUCACUUGCUUGUGGUGUAAUCAUUCCAUACGACGACCCCAAGCUGAACAGUGGCACAGGGUCAGCCGACGGCAGUCCUUACGUCAUUGCGAUGCAGAACAUGGGAGUCGCUGUGCUUCCUCACAUCGUCAACGCGCUUCUCCUUACAAGUAUCUUCAGUGCUGGUAAUGCUUAUGUGUACUGUGCCAUGCGGUCGCUCCAUGGUUUGGCAUGCGAGGGUCAGGCUCCCCGGAUCUUCAAGAAGACAUUGAAGAAUGGUAUCCCCAUUUACGCCUUCGCGGUGACAAUGGCAUUCCCGUUCUUGUCAUUCCUCCAGGCCGGCAGCAGUACGGGCUCGGCCGUCGCGACACUGCAAUCCGUCACUCAAGGUGCAACCAUGAUUAACUACAUCUGCAUCAGUUUGACAUACAUCUUCUUUUAUCGGGCGUGUAAGGCGCAAGGUGUUGACCGCUCAACCCUGCCCUACAAGGGUUGGUUCCAGCCAUACGGCGCUUAUAUCACCUUUGUUUACAUGAUCAUCCUCGAAGGCAUUUCUGGAUACGUUGUGUUUAUACCAGGCCACUGGAGCGUCGCCGCCUUCUUCCCACCUUACACCAUGGCCUUUGUCACGAUCCUGCUAUUCUUUGGCUACAAGAUUUUCAAGAGGACGCAUUACAUCAAGCCACACGAGGCCGACCUCAUCUGGGAGAAACCCCAGAUCGACGAAUACGAAGCCACGUUCACCGAACCACCAACGCGUUUCCGAGAUGACAUCCGAGCUAUGUUCUCUGGCAAGAAGAUGGCCAGGCAGGACCAUAUAGGAGAUACUAUGAGUUAAAAAAAAGGUCCUACGAAUCUCCCUCGACAUGCUCGGAGACGGUUGGGAACGGUUGACCUGAUACCCGGGGUUUUGCCUACCCAAUUAAAUCAAGGCUUUU